AUGGAGGAGCGCAGGGACCCCGCCGACCGGGACCGGGACCGGGACCGGGACCGGGACCGGGACCGGACGGAGGACGACGGCGGCGUGUCACUGUCGCCCGGCCCGCUGCUGCCCGCGCGCCAGGCCGCGCAGCAGCACGCGCACGCGCACCGGACCACCAACUUCUUCAUCGACAACAUCCUGCGGCCGGACUUCGGCUGCCGGAAGGAGCCGGGCUGCCUCCGCGAGCCGAACCGGGAGCACGCGCGCGCGCCGCACGCGGGCAGCCUGUGUCUGGACUCGCCCUCCUCCUCGCCCUCCUCUUCCUCCUCUUCUUCCUCCUCUUCCUCGUCUUCGUCCACGUCCUCGUCGCCCUCCUCCCAGCAGAGCGCGGCCCGGCCCGGGGAGGCUUCGGCCCCCGUCCCGGUUCCGUCCCCGGCCAAAGAGAGCCAGCCGCUGCUGUGGCCCGCGUGGGUCUACUGCACGCGCUACUCGGACCGACCCUCAUCUGGAGGACAAGGAGGAGAGCGAGUAGCCCAGGUACCGGAGCCCCGGGACCGGGACCGGAACCCCGGGCACGGACACCCGAGACCGGACUCCCCAGGACCGGACUCCCCGGUACCAGACCGGAGCCUCCGGGACCGGACUCCCCGGGCCCGGACACCCGAGACUGGACUCCCCGGUACCGGAACGGACUCCCCGGGACCGGGACCAGACUCCCCGGAACCGGACUACCCGGUACCGGACUACCCGGUACCCGACUAG